UCACAUAAUCAUCUCGUGCCCAGAUAAAUUCACCGAAAUUAUAGUUUGGUUAUUAGUUGGUUUCCGUUUGUUUCGUGGUCAUAUUCUCUCGCAGAUAGUCGUUCGUUGCGAUGUAUUUUAUGUAAACAGAGAGAUUAUCCGGUGUCGAGUAGCCGAUAAAUGAUAGAAUUCGAUAAUUUCCUACAACUUGUGAUGGCGAAAUAUACCUGUACAUGAUAAAAAAAAGAGGGCAUUACAUGAAAAUUUGUAAUUUAUUUACAUAUAUAAUUGCGGCGUAACAGAGGUGCUUACAUUGUAAAGAUCGAAUUGAUUGUCCUAUCUUAGUAAGAAUAAGAUGGGGGACUCCGAGGAGGAGAACGAGAAAGACUUGGUAUCUGGACUCAACAUCACUGGUUUCCUCUUUGGCAACAUUGAUGACAAUGGCCAGUUGGAGGAUGAUAUUUUGGAUCCCGAGGCGAAACAGCAUUUGGCUUCGCUCGGUCGUCUCGGUUUCAGUUCGUUUAUCAGUGAGAUGAUGUCUAAUGACUCUACCAGCGAGGAGAAAGAGAGCAACAAAUUGGAUGAUAAGACGGAGGAUCAUAACACAACUGCAAACGAUACAGAUGUGGAUUAUUUUACCAAAUCACCUACUGCGCUUGAUUUUUCUGACAUAAAUGAAUUAGCGGAUGAUAUAAAUGACGAUGCUUUGAAAAAUAAUGGACUCGACAAGAGAAUAGACAAGGAGAAUGCAGAUUAUGAUGCUGAUGAUGAGGAAGUUAUCAGCAAAUCGGAUACACAAUUGAUGCCACCUCCGCCAAUACCUGAAGAGAGAGAAAUUUUAACUGCGGAGGAGGCAGAAGCGGCGCGUCAACGUAAAUUAGAGACGCCUUUAGCUUCUAUGUUGCCCUCCAAGUAUGCCAAUAUCGACGUCACCGAAUUAUUUCCGGACUUUCGUGCCAAUAAGGUCCUCAGAUUCUCGAGGUUAUUUGGCCCGGGUAAGCCGAGCAGUCUGCCACAAAUCUGGAGAGGUGUUAGGAAACGACGUAAGAAGAAAAGGCACCACGAUAUCAAAGAUUCCGAUUCUGGGUCUGAUCAGGAUGAUAAAAAGCCUAAAUUUAAGGGUUGGAUAAUGCAGUACGGUUCCGAACCUUGCCCAGAGGCGUGUCGCUCGGAUGAUGAAACUAAGCUUCUGCUACCAGUAGAAGACAAGGAACAGACUGGUAAAACUGGUGAAACUGGAGAGAACGGUGAUAUGGGUCCCAAAGUGGCAGACUGGAGAUUUGGACCUGCACAGUUAUGGUACGACAUGUUGGAGGUUCCGGAAACCGGAGAUGGAUUCAACUAUGGUUUUAAAACAGGGGAUAAAAUGGACGAGCAAAAGAAUAAUAAAUCGGAGACUAAGAACGAAGAGUUUGCUGAUGACGCGUUUUUGAUGGUGUCGCAGUUACACUGGGAGGACGAUGUUGUCUGGAACGGAGACGAUAUAAAGCAUAAGGUGAUGCAAAAGUUGAAUAGUAAGAAUAACGCGGCGGGAUGGGUACCCUCAAGCGGCAAUAGAACCGCGCAAGCCUUCAGUCAACCGGGGAAAGGUGCCCCGGUUACAGUCGCGCCAAACGUCAGAUUGGCCACUUCGCAGAUCGCCACGCCGUUGCACAUGCAGUCGCAGAAGAACAAAAUGGGGAAUAUGGGGGCGAAGGGAAAUCAGCAGCCGCAACGGGAGGAGAAUUACGACGACACUUGGUACUCGAUAUUUCCGGUGGAAAACGAGGAGCUGGUUUAUGGUCUAUGGGAAGAAGAGGUCAUCUGGGAUCCGGAAGAGAUGAAGAAGAUCCCGAAGCCGAAGAUACUCACGUUAGAUCCGAACGAUGAGAACAUAGUUUUGGGCAUACCGGACGACAUUGAUCCCGCUCUCCUUCACAAGGACAACGGUCCGCAGCCCAAGGUCAAAAUUCCCCAUCCGCACGUGAAGAAGAGCAAGUUACUGCUGGGUAAGGCGGGCGUCAUCAACGUUCUCGAAGAAGAUACGCCUCCGCCGCCGCCCAAAUCGCCCGACCGGGAUCCGUUUAACAUAUCAAACGACACGUAUUACAUGCCAAAAUCGUCGGAAACUACGUUGAGGCUGAAAGUCGGCGGCGGCAAUUUAAUACAGCACAGCACUCCAGUGGUGGAGUUACGUGCACCUUUUGUACAAACGCACAUGGGUCCAAUGCGAUUGAGAAACUUUCAUAGGCCGCCGUUGCGAAGGUUCAGCCACGGUCCCUUGGCUCAUCCAGGGCUACACGGUGUUCUGCCUUUACUGAAGCACAUCAAGAAAAAGGCUAAGCAACGGGAACAGGAAAGAAUCGCUUCCGGUGGUGGUGACGUUUUCAUGAGAACCCCCGAGGACUUGACCGGUCGAGAUGGCGAAUUGGUGCUCGUCGAAUUCUCGGAAGAACAUCCGCCGCUAAUGAAUCAGGUCGGGAUGUGCUCCAAGAUGAAGAACUAUUACAAGAGAAGGGCCGGCAAGGAUCAGGGUCCGCAGAUCUAUAAAUACGGGGAAACGGCGUACGCUCACACCAGUCCGUUUCUGGGCAUUCUUACACCUGGUCAAAGUAUCCAGGCUAUCGAGAACAACAUGUAUAGAGCUCCAAUUUACGAGCACAAGAUCCCCGAAACCGAUUUCUUAAUUAUAAGAUCAAGACAACAAUAUUUCGUUAGAGAGAUGGACGCGUUGUUCGUUGCCGGACAGGAGUGUCCUCUGUACGAAGUGCCGGGACCGAAUUCGAAGAGAGCGAAUAACUUUGUGCGUGAUUUCCUGCAAGUGUUCAUAUAUAGAUUAUUCUGGAAGUCGCGUGAUACACCUCGACGGAUUAAAAUGGACGAUAUCAAAAAGGCCUUCCCAUCUCACAGCGAGAGCAGCAUCAGGAAGAGACUAAAGCUAUGUGCAGACUUUAAGAGAACUGGAAUGGACUCCAACUGGUGGGUGAUAAAACCAGACUUUAGACUGCCAACCGAGGAAGAAAUCCGCGCUAUGGUGUCGCCGGAGCAAUGUUGUUCUUAUUUCAGCAUGAUCGCGGCCGAGCAGCGUUUAAAAGACGCUGGAUACGGUGAGAAAUUCCUAUUCACUCCUCAGGAUGAUGACGACGAAGAUAUGCAGCUUAAAAUGGACGAUGAGGUAAAGGUGGCACCAUGGAAUACGACGCGCGCUUACAUACAAGCUAUGAAAGGAAAAUGCUUGCUACAAUUAGCCGGUCCAGCCGAUCCAACUGGCUGCGGUGAAGGCUUCUCUUACGUCAGAGUACCGAAUAAGCCAACUAUUAGCAAGGAGGAGCAAGAAGCUCAACCAAAGAGAACCGUAACCGGUACGGAUGCAGAUCUGAGAAGAUUAUCUUUGAACAAUGCGAAGGCGUUGCUGCGUAAAUUCGGCGUGCCCGAAGACGAGAUCAAGAAGCUAUCUCGUUGGGAGGUAAUCGACGUCGUCCGAACUUUGUCGACAGAGAAGGCGAAAGCCGGCGAAGAAGGCAUGACGAAGUUUUCGCGGGGCAACCGUUUCUCUAUCGCCGAGCAUCAGGAGCGCUACAAAGAGGAGUGUCAGCGUAUCUUCGAUCUGCAGAAUCGCGUUCUCUCGUCGAACGAAGUACUGAGCACGGAUGAGGGCGAGAGCUCGGAGGAAGAUAGCUCGGACAUCGAGGAAAUGGGUAAGAACAUUGAAAACAUGCUGUCGAAUAAAAAAACCAGCACGCAGCUGUCGUUGGAGCGGGAAGAGCAACAGCGACACGAGCUGCGAAAGAUGCUGAUGGGCGAGGCUCAGGAGCAGGAGAACAAGAAGGGCAAGGACAACAAGAAGAAGGACGAGGAAGAGGACAGUCCGAUUAACAAUUUCAAUGCGCAGCAAGGUCGUGUGCUGAAAAUUUACCGUACGUUCCGCAAUCCAGAGGGCAAGGAGUACACGCGGGUCGAAUUGGUGAGGAAGCCCGCCGUGAUCGACACGUACUUGAAGAUCCGCAACUCGAAGGACGAGACGUUCAUCAAGCAGUUCGCCACAUUGGACGAGGCACAGAAGGAAGAGAUGAAGCGGGAGAAGCGCAGACUCCAGGAACAGCUGCGGCGAAUCAAGCGAAAUCAGGAGAGGGAGCGUAUGAUGGGAGGACCAGCGGUCGUCAACGGCAGCACCAUCAAUAAUUCGAGCAACAACAACAAUAGUAAUAACAAUGUAUUUGAUCGCAGCAGCACCAACACUCCGACUAUCACCUCCUCGACCAGUAUCCUUCCGUUCAGUAAUUUCCCAUCUUCUUCCACUACCACUACUACUGUACCUAAGCAUCCUAAACCGGAGGUCUCUCCUCCCAAGCGUAAAAAACCUAAACUUAAACCAGAUCUAAAGCUCAAGUGCGGCGCCUGCGGCAACGUCGGUCACAUGCGCACGAACAAGGCCUGUCCACUUUAUCAGAACAGCAUCGCCACCGCGCCGGUCAACGUGGCGAUGACCGAGGAGCAGGAAGAGGAGAUCGAAAAGCAGUUGAAUACAGACGAUCAGGAUUUGGUGAACGUCGAUGGGACCAAGGUGAAGUUGUCAUCAAAACUGAUCAAGCAUGCUGAGGAGAUGAAGAGACGUACACUAUUACUCAAAGUGCCGAAGGAGGCAGUGAACUCGAAAAAGCGCAGGAAACCACCCACUGAUGAUCACUGUGAUUACCUGAAACGCCACCAAAGACCAGUCAACAGACGUAGGACUGAUCCAGUUGUUGUAAUGUCCACGAUGUUGGAGAGCAUCUUAAAUGAAAUGAGAGAUCUGCCGGAUGUGCAACCUUUCUUAUUCCCAGUCAAUGCAAAAGUAGUUCCCGAUUAUCAUAAGAUUAUACAACGUCCUAUGGAUCUGCAGACCAUACGUGAAAAUUUGAGGCUGAAAAAGUAUCAAAAUAGAGAAGAAUUUUUGGCAGAUGUUAAUCAGAUUUGGGAAAACUCGACGCUUUAUAACGGAGCGAAAAGUUCAUUAACCGUAGCUGCCAAAAGAAUAUUGGAUACCUGCAUUGAGAGGCUCCGCGAGAAAGAAGAACGUUUAAUGAGGCUGGAGAAGGCUAUCAAUCCUCUUUUGGAUGAUGAUGAUCAGGUUGCUCUUACCUUUAUCUUGGAUAACGUUGUCAACAAUAAGUUGAAAUCUAUGAUGGAAGUGUGGCCAUUUAUGAAACCUGUUAAUAAGAAGAUGGUGAAGGAUUAUUACAAUAUCGUGCAUAGACCAAUGGAUCUAGAAACUAUAUCAAAAAAAGUUUCCGCACAUAAAUAUCACAGCCGUCACGAAUUUCUCAGGGAUAUCGAGCAGAUUUUGGAAAAUUGCACGCUUUACAAUGGCAAGGAUUCUCCGCUCACAAAUAAGGCAGAAUUGUUGGUGAAAGUGUGUAAAGAAACAUUAGAUGAGUACAAUGACCAUCUAUCGCAACUCGAAAACAAUAUAUUGCUUGUACAAAAGCGUGCAAUGGAGCAAGCGGAUAUAGAUUCUUCGUGGCUUGGUCCAGACGAUGAAAACUAUAUGCCUGAAUCUGAAUUCAGAAGCAGCCAGACCAGUUCUCCGGAAAAUCCAUUUGGCAAGUCAAAUAUAGACGAAUUCGAUUUCGUGGAUGUAGAAGAAGAUAUGGAAACGGACAUGGAGAGAAACUCGAAAAAGAAAGAUGUCCUUGAAGAAGACCUUCAAUUCUCCAGUGAAGAUGAAUUCGAUGAAGUGCCCUUCGUUACGGAUGAACAUUCCGGACAAAACGAAAUGGAGACCCUGGAACUGAGCGAGGUCAGGGAAGAAGGUGUUGUACUAGCGGACGAUGACAGUCAACAAGCUGCUGAGGCGAUGGUCCAGUUAGCUGGUAACGUCGGCUUUUAUGUGGGCGAGCAGCAACUCCUUCAGCAAGAUGAGAGCAUGGAUGUUGAUCCAAAUUAUGAUCCAUCGGAUUUCCUGCUACCUGGUUUGGCAGCUAGAGAUGAUAAAGGCGAGAAUAAAAUUCAGGACGAUCUGGCUGUUUCCGAGAGCGACGAUGACGCCGAGAGUACCAUUCCGAAGCCGGAGGCGCAGCAGAAUCAACAGCAGCAGCAACUGUCACAACCAGACGAGGAUGUCGGCGAUUUGUGGUUCUAAACGCGCGUUUUGUUACUUUGUUGAAGCGACAUGAGAAAUAUUUAUCUAACGCCGGACAGAUACACACAUACACAUACAUGAUUAAGGAUUCACAAAUUCAUACAAGUUUAUCUUGUAUGAUUGAAGAGGAGAUUGUAGAAUUUACUCUUCGUACACUCUAUGUGCAUACAUUGUAUAGAUCUGUAAAUACAAAAUAAAAUAUUGUUUUUUCUA